CCACAUAACCAAAAAAAAAAAUAAAGAAGAAAUAAUUUGAAGAUGGAAGCAGCAAAGCAAACAGCAGCUAAUGUUGCCGCUUCAGCUAAGUCUGGCAUGGAGAAAACAAAGGCAGUUGUUACAGAGAAGGCGGAGAAACUGACGACAAGUGACCCAGUGCAAAGACAAAUGGCAACAGAGAAGAAGGAGCAGAGAAUCCAUCAAGCGGAGAUGGAUAAGCUGGCGGCGAAGGAGCAGAACGCAGCCUCGAGACAAGCGGCUGCCGCUGGAGGAACUACUGCUUAUACUGCUACUGGUGGUGGCAUCACCGGAACACAUGGCACGACUACAGGUCACACUGGUCUCGGUCACACCACUGGUACCUAUGGUACUACCGCGAGUCAUACUGGUCUCGGUCACUCCACUGGUACACAUGUCCCUACCGCGGGUCAUACUGGUCUCGGUCACACCACUGGUACACAUGUCCCUACCGCGAGUCACACUGGUCUCGGCCCCACCACUGGGACACAUGGCCCUACCGCGGGUCAUACUGAUCUCGGUCACACCCCGGAUCAUACUGGUCUCGGUCACACUACUGGGACACCUGGCACUACGCCAGGGCAUGCUACUGGUGUGAUGCCAGGAGGCCUGGCAGCGGAGCACUCAACCGGGACCACAACGGGCCUCGCAGGGAGCGAUUAUCUACCAGGGACCACCGCAGGAAGCGGAAGAGCUACGGUUCAAGGCCCUAAUACUGGUGGGCUUCAUGGUUCUGAUUCUGCCUUUUAAUUAGCUAGCUAGAAAGUUGUUCCUUUUGUGUCAGUUGUAAAAUCUGUACUUCGGAAGUUAUGUAGAAUUUUUAGCCAAAC